AACAACUUGAUAACUCAGUCCACUCCAACCGCCCGCGAAACGCACACGUACAAAAUGGCCGAAACAGACACAUUUAGUUUUUGGGACGAACUAACGAGUCCCCUUAACCUAGUGCUCGUAUUUUUCAUUUUAUACCUUCUAUACAAGAUAAUAAAGUCGCAUUUCGAAACGGUGGAGCCUGUGAGCAUUCCGCGGCCUAUGCCCAAGUUACGGCAAGACAUGACAGUUGCUGAACUAAAAAAAUACGAUGGCACCAACGAAGAAGGACGAGUGCUAUUGGCUGUUAAUGGAAUAAUAUUCGACGUGACUAAGGGAAAACGAUUUUAUGGACCAGGAGGUCCAUACGCAGCGUUCGCAGGCAAAGACGCGACGCGAGGCCUGGCCACGGGGGAAGUAGCCACCUCCGAUAAGGAAUAUGAUGACGUCAGCGACCUCACUCCCGAUGAGGUUGCAUCUGCUAAAGAAUGGGAGGAUCAGUUCAGGGAAAAAUACGAUAUCGUUGGAAAGUUACUGAAGCCCGGUGAGACGCCAACAAAAUACGACGAUGAGACUGAAGACAAGAAAUCACAGUAGAUUUAAAACAUAUUGUGAUACGUUGGGUAUUUUAAUGUUGAUGUUUUUGUUUUAGUUACGUAUAAAUAUUAAAUGGUUGCUUUGUA